AUGGAGGCAGAAUCUGUGCUUAAUCUCUUUGAUUCUUACUGGUUUAAUCUCGAAAUCUUCAAGAAAAAACCCAUUAAAAAUCAAAACUUUCCUGAAAUACCCACAUCAAAUCCUGAAAUUCCAUCAACUCUCCCAACAAUUCAAACCAAAUUCCAAAAAAUCACCCCAAAUUAUUCUCCAAAAAAACAAUCUGAAUCUUCUUCAUCUUCACCAAAUUCUGUUCUUUUAAAUCUAACCCCAAAACUCCAAACAAUAUUUUCUGGUAAAAUCUCUGCAGAAUUUGAAGAUUCUUCAAGGUCAGAAAAACUUAAUUCACCAUUGAAGGGUAAUACUGUAAUUAACAGAAGAAGAAAAAACAAGGGUUUUAGCAAGAGUUUAUCUGACCUUGAAUUUGAAGAAUUAAAAGGGUUUAUUGAUCUGGGUUUUAUUUUCUCUGAAGAAGAUAAAGAUUCAAACUUGGUUUCAAUUAUUCCUGGGUUACAAAGAUUAUCAAUUAGUAAUCAUAAUAUAAACAUUAAUAAUGAUAUAAAUGAAAGUAUUAUUGAUAAAUCUGGUGGAUUAUUUUCAAGACCUUAUCUUUCUGAAGCAUGGGAUGAUUUGGAAAAAAAGAGGAGAGAGAAUUUGUUGUUGAAUUGGAGAGUUCCUCCACCUGAUAAUCAAAUUGAAAUGAAAGAUUAUCUUAGAUUUUGGGCUCAUACUGUAGCUUCUACUGUUAAGUAG